CCUGAGCAAACGACGGUGACGAUAGACGUCGUCACAUCCAUUUUCUAAUUACGAGAAUCAGUUUGACUUCAUUUACAGCAGUUUCAUUACCUCGCAAUCUUAAAAUUCUUAUUUUAUUUUUUUAAAGCUAUAUAUUUUUACCAAAGUUUAGAGAUAAGUAAUGGAAAAUAAAACAUAAUUUGAUUACUUUCUGAGGUUUGCAUGACAAUCCUCGGCCAUAUUUUGUCAGAUCGAGCGAUUUUCAGGGCCAAAUAUCUUGUGUUUUUCCUUGUGUGUACGAAGUGACGUUUACAAAUUUAGUUUUAGUGUGUAUUGUUGGUAGUUUGUGUUCUUAAAGAAGUAAGCAGAGUAGCAGAAGUAAAAAUGUCGGCUGGACCCUACAAUUAUUCUUAUAUUUUCAAAUAUAUUAUUAUUGGUGAUAUGGGAGUAGGAAAAUCCUGUCUGUUACAUCAGUUCACAGAAAAGAAAUUUAUGGCCGAUUGUCCGCACACUAUUGGUGUUGAAUUUGGGACACGGAUUAUUGAUGUAUCUGGGCAGAAAAUUAAAUUGCAAAUAUGGGACACUGCUGGUCAGGAACGUUUCAGAGCGGUCACAAGGUCGUACUACAGAGGUGCUGCUGGUGCAUUAAUGGUGUAUGAUACAACUCGUCGUUCAACAUAUAAUCAUUUGAGUAGCUGGCUUACUGACACAAGGAACUUGACAAAUCCUAGUACUGUAAUAUUCCUGAUUGGCAAUAAAUGUGAUCUUGAAGCACAGAGAGAUGUUACAUAUGAGGAAGCUAAACAGUUUGCUGAUGAAAACGGUCUUAUGUUUGUGGAGGCUAGUGCUAGAACAGGAGAAAAUGUUGAAGAAGCAUUCCUUGAGACAGCUAAGAAAAUCUAUCAGAGCAUUCAGGAUGGCAGGUUGGACUUGAAUGCUGCCGAGUCUGGAGUGCAACACAAGCCAGCUCAACCUGGGCGUAACACUCAGCUGAAUGAUCAACAGGCCAAUAAAGACAGCUGCGCAUGCUAGGUUCAAACGAGCAUGUCUGUCAUAUCUGUGUAAGGGUGCUGUGUCACUGCUUGUGUGAAUAUCCCCAGUGACUAUUGAGUCAUCAGUGAUAACAUUUCUUUGUGAUACAACUAACGUCCGAACUGCUGGAAUGUCCAGCAUGGGGACUUGAUUAACGGCUCUAUGCAAGGCAACAUGUUUCAUGAAUUCCAACGCGGGUAGGUUUGCACUUUUAUCUUGAGGCACCUUGCUUUGAUCUGUGAAAGAAGACAGAGUUCUCGUCUAGCAAAUUAUGAUCAUAAAAUGGAACAUUUUAUUUAAUUCUACAGUCAUCGAAGACCUGAACUUUCUUUCUUCAUUUCUCCAACAAACUCUAUACUGCCUACUGACUAACAAAAUACCUCUUCAUUUAUCUGUUAAAUGAAAUAUUAUAAGAGCCCCUUCACCACUUUUCUAUUUAAAUUGGGCUACUGAAAUAGUUUUGUUAUUUUUGACCAUGAGACACUAUUUUCUGUUAUAACGCAACUUACCCUGACUCUACUUGUACGCUGUAUUGUAUAUAUUGUAGUAGUUGUUAGGCUUUCUGUGGUUAAGGAUCUAUUCUUUGUAUUGAAAAGUUAUCUAGAUUUUUGGAUUUUAAAAUCCUGGUUGAGAUUACAAGAGCUUUCAGCUGUAGCAUUGUGCAGUUAUCAUAAUCUCAGACAUAGGACCAUCACUAUUUUUUUUAUUAUGAUUAUUUUUAUUAGUGAUAUGCAGAUUGCUCAUAAGAACAAAAACACUGGGAAUUUCUUCCUUCUCAAGCAGCAGAGGGUGGGUGGGUGGCCCAGGGAGCGUUGUCAGUAUCUACUAACACCAUGUGGUACGUCAGCGGAAUGAAUGCUGUAAAUGAUCUCCAUGCUCCCUUCCAUUUAGACCCCAGCAUGCUGUUAAUCUUGAGGGUCUGUGACCUGAUCCUUGGAAAUGUAAAUGAAUUCUAUUAUUACAGAGUGUCCUUCAGGUGUUUUCUCUGGUAGAUAUUUUAUUAUUAUUAAUAUUAUUGGGUAAUGUAGAUACAGAAUAUUGUUUUGUUAUAUUCUCAUUAUGGGAUUUUCAAUAAUGGGUGAUAACAUUGGAGAUUUCUCCUAAAAUUUCAAGCCAAAGAUGUCUGAAUUAUAAAUAUUGUAUCAUUUGUCUAUUGUUAUUCGGGAUAUAGUUCGAAAAUUACACAGUACGGUAUUGUGGACUUGAAAUUGACUUGAUAGUGAGGAAAAGGUAUUGUAUUCUUCUUUAAUCAAUAAUGCACCAUGAAAACACUUUUUUCCAUUUAAUUAGGUUCGUUGUACAUUGUUACAAACAUGGGUGUAAACAUUAUUACUAGUUAUUUAGGGUUUGAAAGAAUGUGUGUUUAUGUGCAUGUAGUUUGUGUUCAUGUUGUACAGCUAUGACUCAAGAAUUUAAAAAUGAUUAUGAGAGGCCCUAAUAUUCCAUAACAUAUUAAAUUUACAUUUGUGCUUAUUGUACAACAUUGCAUUUUAGUUACACUUACUAGAACAAACUCUGGUAUACAGCAUGUGCCUUGUCUCACUAACCCAGUCAUUUUAUGACCAAAUUUGGGUGUUGAGCAGGGGUGAAGUGGAAUGUUGUACAAGGAAUCAUAAAAUGUUGCAUGAUUCAGGAUUUGAAUGUUGAGUGGCAGAAUGAUUGUGUGGGAGAAAAAUUAUAUAUUGGGAGAUAGUUUAAAAAGGCUCUCUGUUUGGUGCUGAAGGGUCACAUGAUCUGUUAGUAAACUGGCCAAUAGGGAGUAAUAUUUUUUCCAGUAAAGGAGGUAGCAGUUUCAUUUCAGAUUUGUUUGGAUGAGUUCUUUACCGGUCAAGUGAGCCUUUUUAAAAAUCAUGUCAUUGUCUAUUCUAACAACCAUACGAUACUGUUUGUGUGAACUUUGUAACAUAUAUUGUAUCAUGCAUUAAGUUAAUGAAGUAGCAUCAUAUGUAAACUGGCUAAAAUUUAUGUGAUCUUUAUUAUAUUGAGAACAAAUUAUAUAUAGGAAAUAGUAGGAGUUGGAAUGUUGCUUAAUUUGCUGCAUUUUUUCACAGUAUUGUCUUCAUAUAUGCUGAAUUCUCAUGAGGUUUAUUUAUUUACCAUGAAAUUAACUUAUGGAUAGAAUGUAAAGAAAAUAUAUGAAAAAUUUGUUUAAUAAUUUUUUAUUUGAAAUUAUUGAAUUAAGUUUUCAAGUAUUUUCUUAUAGAUUGAGAGGAAGGAAUACAUUAUUUCAUAGUAGUUAUGAAAUUAAAAUGUUCUUUGGACAGCUGUUGUUGGCAACAAUAUUCUUUAAAGAAUUAUGAAAUUUGUUCAUAAUAUGACCAGAAACUGUUGUCAACAAAGCAUUUUUGGAAUAGAUCAAUAAUUUCAAAUUUGUAUCCAUGUAUCAUUAUCUUGUUAUGAGUGGGGUAAGAUUUUUGUUAAAUCUAAAUAUUUCAUUGGUAGUUAAUUUUAUGUACUGUACCUCCAAUUAAAUCUGUAAUGGUUGCAUCCAUAACUGUAUUGUGCUGGUCACUUGUCCCCCACCUUGAGCUGUAUCACUCUGAAUAAAACGACAUUCCGACAAAGUUAUUUUGUAAUUCCU